GAUUAAUUCUCAGUUUCGGACGUGUCUCGACGAACACAUAAGCUCGAUUCAAAAUUUUAACCAAACACGCUACACAGUCGCACACUCGUUCCUCGUUACCUGCAUUCGAUUUUCUUCUCUUCUUCACUCGCCAUUGCAAUUGAUGCACUUUCGUGCCCUAACUCCAAACACCGAUGUCGAAAUCUCCUCCCUGUACCUACUGCGGCCGAGCCUCCUUCAUCCGUGAUGAUAUCUCCGGCGAGUUAAUCUGCUCCUCGUGCGGCGGCGUCCAGCAAUUCGACCAAUUCGACGCCCAAAUUGGCGGCAUCGACGGUCCUCAGGGAACCUUCAUCCAUGUCGGCACCGCUGGUUCAGGUAGCCUCUACUCCUACCGCGAGAGAAAACUCUUCGCGGCGCAAAACCUAAUCGACGAAGUAACCAACCAGUUAGGGUUAUCUUCCAAGAGCGGCGACGUGAGAAGCAUGAUAUCCACCAUCACCGAGGGCGAGUUCGGACAGGGCGAGUGGUUCCACGUGCUCAUCGGCGCGUGCGCGUAUGUUGUCAUGCGAAAAGAGGAUCGACCCUUGCCCAUGGCGGAAGUCGCCUCCGCGAUAGGGUGUGAUGUUUACGAAAUCGGGAGAAUGAUUUUACGCGUUGUUGAUUUUUUGAAUCUGAGGCCUGAUUUUCCUGAGUUUGAUAUUGUGCAUUUGCUGGAACGGACGAUUAGGAAUUGUAACGGUUUUGCCUCUGUUGAGAGGGAUUUGAUUGAGAGGAUGAGGAAGCAGGGGGUAUUUUUGAUUCAGUGUGCGGUGAAGUGGUAUCUAAGCACCGGGCGGCGGCCAGUGCCGUUGGUGGUGGCGGUGUUGGUUUUCGUGGCAGAGUUGAAUGGGGUUGGGGUGGGGAUGGAAGAAUUAGCUAAGGAGGUUCAUGCUAAGGUUUCCACAUGUAGGGCUAGGUAUAAAGAGUUGCUUGAGACACUUGUGAAGGUUGCACAGGUGUUGCCUUGGGGGAAGGAUGUUACCGUGAAGAACAUUGUUAAGAAUGCACCGAUUGUGAUUCAGUAUAUGGAGAGGAAGGCUAUGUUGAAGCCUGGGAAGAAGAGGGAGGGUCUUGAUCGGGCUGCGGUGGAUUUGGAGGAUGUGGUUGCUGAAUGCUUGAGAAAUGAUGGUGAAUUUGAAUAUGGGGUUGAUGGCAUGACUAAAAGGAAGGAUUCACAGUAUUUUUCGUUGGAGAGUAAUGCUGGUAGAGUGGGUGGUGGGGAUUCUGAUGGGCUGCAGAUUUCGCCUGAAUGCUUGUCAUUGCUGUAUAAGAAGUUUUUGGAUGAAAAUUGUUGUAUUGAGUCUCUGAGAGGGAGUGGGAAUGCUCAGAAAAGGAGGGUUUUACGGUUUGAUCUGCUAGAGUGUAGGGAGUGGUGGGAUGGGAAAUCUGAACUGAGCAAGAAGCUUCUGCUUAAUCGUUUAUUGGAGAAGGAUGUUGGAGUGGAUACCAUGCCACCAUCGUUUGUCAAUGGUCAAUUGAAAUGUGAAAUGAGGAGGGAAAGGAUCAAUGCUGCUAAGGUUCGAAUAAAAAGAAUUAUGCAUCCGUCAGAUGCUGAUCUGGGUGAUGCUGAGAUUCCUUGCCCUUUAGAUAGCUCUUAUCCUGAAAGAAGAAGGAAGAAGAGAAAAGGAAUGGUAGUUGAUGAUGUUGAUUGGGAAGACUUAAUUAUUGAAACCCUUGUUCUUCAUCGAGUGAAAGAAGAGGAAAUUGAGAAGGGACAUUACAAUACCUUACUGGAUCUACAUGUGUUUAACUCUGGCAUUGUAUGAGAGGUUUCAGGUAUACAGGCAUUUUGUGAGAAGUUUCAGAUAUACUACUACCCAUUGACACUUUUGUCCCAGACAACCAUCAUAUGCUAGAGCAGCAGAUAUUAUCUUGCUGCAAAUUUUUGUACUAGCAAUUUUUAUAUAUGGAUUGGUAAUGGAAAUGACCUUUCUUUACUUCUUGA